GGAGAGGCCUAAAUUUAGCUAGUAGACAAGGGGCUGGCCCUGAGCCCAGGGACAGUCGGGCCUUAUAAAGCACCGGCAGUCGGGGCCCGGCACGCUCCCCCGGAGGCCUGUGCCCACACCCCUCUCCUGUCCAGCCCCUGCCCGCCUGGACCGGGCCCGGCGCUUGCCCGCGGAUGAGCCACAGGACUUCCUCCACCUUCAGAGCGGAGAGAAGUUUCCAUUCCUCCUCCUCGUCCUCCUCUUCCUCCUCUUCCUCAGCCUCCCGUGCCCUGCCGGCCCAGGACCCACCCAUGGAGAAGUCCUUGAGCAUGUUUUCCGACGAUUUUGGCAGCUUCAUGCGUCCCCACUCGGAGCCUCUGGCCUUCCCAGCCCGCUCCGGGGGGCAGGGCAACAUCAAGACCCUGGGAGACGCCUACGAGUUUGUGGUGGACGUAAGAGACUUCUCACCCGAAGACAUCAUCGUCACCACCUCCAACAACCACAUCGAGGUGCGGGCUGAGAAGCUGGCGGCUGACGGCACAGUCAUGAACACCUUCGCUCACAAGUGCCAGCUGCCGGAGGACGUGGACCCCACAUCGGUGACCUCAGCCCUGCGGGAGGAUGGCAGCCUCACCAUCCGGGCACGGCGUCACCCGCACGCAGAGCACGUCCAGCAGACCUUCCGAACAGAGAUAAAAAUCUGAGGGCCUCCCCUUCCCCUGCCCUCCCCACUCCCCACCGGCUGCCAGCAAAGCCUUCCUAACCCCUUCCCACAGCCCCCGGGACACCAGCCCGGUUCCAGCCCUGAUGCCCCCUAGUCCCCAGGUGGGCCACUCCCCAAACUAGGGCCCUCCACUCUGCCCAGGGCAGGCCAGGGACCCCCUGGCCUCACCUGUGGUGCCCAGAUUUCAGAUAUGACGUCCCUUACUUAAUCCAGAAUAGAAGGUUGAGGUGGGGGAAGGGAGAUCCCAAAGAACUCACUCUAGGGAGGAGGAAGGGGACAAGCAGGGCAUCUGGGCAAAUGAUCUGCAGGACAGACAGACAGACAAGUCCUUUGAUCUCUGCAGUCUCCACAGGGAAGGGGCAGGGGCACCAGGGACCUGGGACUCCCUUGGCCAAGGGGAGUCGAAGAGGCAUAGGAAGGCCAUAGGCAGAUGUGCCUAUCUAAGUGGAACUGCCUGAGGGCUCAAAGAGGCCAAGAGACAGCGGUGACAGUAACCCCCCCUCCACCAGUCUCCAAGCCCCAAACUAGCUGGCAGGCUGCCUGCCCACCCCAUGCCCCCAGCCAGCCAGCUGUGCCAGGGCAGGGCCAUGCUGCAUCUGUACAUAUGGUAGAUGGGGUUUUUCCAAUACAGUUUGUUCGUGAGAAACUGUGUGAAACUCCUGCAGCGCGUUACCUGCCGGUGCCUCCAGGAGGGUAGGACGAGGGUGGGGCUGGUCCUGCUCCCGCCCAUCCACAGGCACCUGCAGACAGGCGCACCCAACAGAGGUGGAAGCCAGAGCAUGGAUGGGGCUCUGGGUCUUCAAGGUUGGACCCCAGGUUCUUGUAGUCUUCUCUUCUGGGCAGUCACCUCCCCCUCCUUCCUCCUUCUAAAUCUAUGAAUCUACAGGCUUAGUGUGUGUAUCACACACACAUACACCCCAUCAUUGUCUUUCAAACACUAAGCAUUACCAUUGGUCGAGGCCAAAUGCAGAGUAUUCUAAAAUCAGAUUUACAAUCCCCAUUUUCAUCAAUGGGGAAACUGAGUCUGAGCUGUUGAGUGCCUGGCUUUGUCACUGAAGGUUGGAUCUGAACCCAGGGUGUCAACAGCUGCUCUCCACCCCCCACCACUGGGCGCUAAGGAGCGUCUCCCCUCACUCUGCCUCUCUAGGACUGUGUACCCUGUCCCACGGCUUCCUGCCAGGGGACAGGGAGAAUCAUAAAAAAGCUCCUAACCCCAUUCCCUCCUGGUCCCCAGUCUGGGGCAGGGAACUCGGCCAGCCUCAGCCCUGGGGAACACCUGCUGCUCCAGGCAACCUGCUCAGCCUUCCACAUACAGAAGCAGGGGUGAGGGGUAGGGGUGGUUUGUGGGUAGACAGGGUCCCCAGGGCAAGUGGCAGGGCCAGCUUCUGCCCUUUGAGCCUCUCUGGUCAGUGUGCUAUAGGGUGACCUCUCACUUCUGCCAUUCUGGGGCCCUUCGGGGAGGUCUGGGGAGCGGGGCCGCGGGAGGUCCC